AUGAUUCCUCUAACUUCGAUCACGUGGUGGGCGCGGGGCGCGGGGCGCGCGGUGGGCGGCGCGGGCCGCGUGUCGGCGCGCGGCGCGGAGUUGCGCCUGCGGCCCGCCGCGCCGCCCGACGCCGGCCACUACUCCUGCUCCGUGGCCGCGCCCGGCGGCGCCGCCGCCAAGCGGGACAUCGAGAUACAAGUCCGGAAUCCUCCGAAAAUAUCACCGUUUAUCUUUUCUUCUGAACUAACCGAGGGGAGUGCGGUACAAGUUUUAUGCGGAGUAUCAUCCGGAGAUAAGCCUAUGUAUUUUUCGUGGCUGAAAGAUGGCGCUCCCCUGCCUUCUAACUUGCAGAUCGAGGAAAAGAGUUUGAAUGAGUUUUCUUUACUGAUGUUCUCCGAUCUUACGGCGCGGCAUAGCGGAGAUUACACGUGUCGUGUUUCGAAUCACGCGGCUACCGUCAACUAUACAGCUACUCUUAGUGUAAAAGUGGCGCCAGUGUGGAUGACAGAACCGUUAGAUACUGCAGUGUUACUGGGUGCUCCAUUACAUUUAGAAUGCGCUGCCAAAGGGUACCCAAUACCUACAGUCACAUGGUACAGAAGAAUAGCUGGACGGUAUCAGAAGUUAGAACAGCAGAUGGUCUGCGUUCGGUAUUACAGUUCAGAGCUGCAGAAAGAGCUGAUUCUGGAGACUAUAGAUGCCACGCACAGAAUCAAUAUGGAAGAAGUGAAAUUCUUAUGUAUCUUCACGUUGAGGGCGCCACCUCAAGACAGUUGGAACGGCGAGUUGCUGGGCUAUGUGGCGUCGUGGCGCGAGCUGAGCCGCUUCGAGGAGGAGGCGGGCGAGGACGGCGAGCGCAGCGGGUCUGCCACGUCUCCCGGCUGGAGCAGCGCGGAGAUGACAUUAGGGGGACUGCGGUCCUUCGCCCGUUACGCAGUGUCACUUCGCGCGUACAACAGAGCGGGGGCUGGGCCUCCGUCGCCUUUGGUGUAUGCUACUACUGCUGAUGGAGUGCCCGAAGCGCCGCCAGCGUCGGUGUUCUGCGAGGCGGUGUCGGCGCGGUCGCUGCGCGUGCGCUGGGCGGCGCCGCCGGGCGCGCAGCACGCGCACUCGCUCCGCGGCUACGAGCUGCACUACGCGCCGCUGCAUCUGUCGCCCUCAUGGAGCGGCGCCGGGGGCGGCAUGGUGGCCCGGGCGGGGGCGGGCGGUGGGGCGGGUGAGGCCACGCUGCAGGGACUGCGCGCCGCCACCAACUACAGCGUCAGCGUGCGCGCGCGCGCCGACCGCGGCCUCGGCCCGCCCUCGCCGCCCGUCUACUGCUCCACGAGGGAGGACGUGCCGGGCGCCGCGGAGGCGAUCCGCGCGCUGGCAGCGAGCGCGGACGCGGUGCGCGUGUCGUGGCUGCCGCCCGCGCUGCGCGCCGGCCGCCUCACGCACUACACGCUCUACACCAGGGAACUCGGCAAGGUAGGCGGCGAGUGGUCGCAGCGCGUGGAGGCGGGCGAGGGCGACGAGGCGGCGGAGGUGUGGCGCGAGGUGGUGGGGCUGCGCGAGCGCACCGUGUACGAGUUCUGGGUGCGCGCCAGCACCGCCGCCGGCGCCGGCCCGCCCACGCGCCCCGUCACCGCCGCGCCCACGCAGCACUUGUCAGUGCGAAUCUCAUCGUUCGGGCGCGUGGUGUACGCGCCGCAGGGCGCACGCGUGCGCCUGCGCUGCGCCGCCGUGGGCCCGCCGCCGCUGCGCCGCCGCUGGGCGCCCGCGCCCGCGCCGCCCGCGCUCUCCGUCACCGAGGCCGGCGAUCUCAUCAUACAUAAAGCGGAAGCAAACGCAAACUUCACGUGCUCGGUGCGUGGCGGCGGCGGCGGCGGCGGCGGCGACGCGGCGCAGUACGCGCUGGUGGUGCGCGCGCCGCCCGCCGCGCCCGCGCCGCGCCUCGUGCGCGCCGACACGCACGCGCUGCACCUGGCCUGGGACCCGCCGCCUGAUCUCGGGACGGCGUUGUUAGGCUACACGGUGUGGUGGACGCGCGGCGGCGACAGCACGCAGGGCGCGCGCGCGGCGCGCGUGGGCGGCGGCGAGACGGCGCUGUGGCUGCGCGGGCUGGCGUGCGGCGCGCUGUACCGCGUCACGCUCCGCGCGCACAACGCCGUGGGCGCGUCGCCGCACUCGCGCCCGCUGCUCGCGCGCACCCGGGGCGACAAGGCGAAGGCGCCGCCGGGCAAGGAGUUCGUGUGGGCCAACAGCACGGCGCUGCGGCUGAACCUGCUGGCGUGGGGCGGGCGCUGCCCCGUGGCGGCCUGGGCCGUGGCCGUGCGGGCCACCGCGCCCUUCGCGCCCGCGCCCGGGCCCUGGCAGGACCUCGUCGCUGACGGGGAAUCCGCACUGGCUAGCAAUUUGAAGCCGGGCACGUGGUAUGAAAUACGCGUGGUAGCGCGUUCACCCGCCGGCGACACUCCGGCGCUUUACCGGGCUGCCACGCACACUGUUAAUGGAGAACGGAUGGGAGAGCCAACGGAGCUGCCAGUGGAAGCCAGAAGUCAACUGGCCGAUGGCGCUGCAGAAGUGGUCCCCGAGUGGCGAUUGAGUCUUGCUCCCUUACUGCUCGGUGGAGGGCUAGCAGCGUUAUUAGCAUCACUGGCAGGUCUUAUGCUGGCGCGGCGCCGCGAAUUAUGCGUUCGGCGCGAAUGUUCGCUUCACGAGGCGCGCGCGCCGCAUCCUCAGCUCUACACUACGGAACCCGGGAAACGGAACGGAAAGACACUCACGCCGCCCGAUAGCGAGCUGCACGAGAUCAGCCCGUACGCGACGUUCAGCAUGGCAGGCGGCGCGGGCGCGGGGGGUGGCGGGGGCGCGGGGGGCGCGGAGGGCGGCUGCGCGCUGCACCUGCGCACCUUCGGCCGCGCCGAGUCGCUGGACCUGGCCGCGCCGCCGCCGCGACCCAACCUGCUCGCGCACGCUUCUGAGUACGGGCGCGCGCGCGACAGCGACUCAGAGUCGAGCGGCUCGCCGUGCGCCGCGUGCGCCGCCGAGCUCUACCGCCUGCCCGCCGCGCACCUCUCGGACACGCUCCCGGCGAUGGAGUCGAGCGCGGACGACACGUCGUACAGCGCGGGCGCGGGCAGCCGCGGGGGCGCGCGGGGGGAGGCGCGGGGCGAGGCGCGGGGCGCGCGGGGCGAGCGGGGCGCGCGGGCGGCGCGCGGGCGCCGGCGCCGGGACCACGCGCGACACGCGUCCGGGCCCACUGUCAGAUACUUCGCGGCGGGCGCGCAGCCGCGGCAGCAGGCGCUGUGAGCGCAUGUACAUACUCGUCCU